AUGACCCCCUGUAAUAUUGAGCUCUAUGACAUACCUGGGGCCAAGGCCUUGGAUCUACCCUGGCCCGACAUAUACGAGACACCUGGAUACGCCGAGGCGGAUUUGUGCACACAGGGACCAGGAACAACAUGGGAGCUUGCUGUGUGGAAACAAUCGGCUGACGGAGUCUCAAUUGCGUACGGUUACUUCAAGCGGCCUGUCCUUAUAAAAGGGAAGAUAGUUGGUCAAGAUCUCUCAACAUGCUACGGAUAUGCUGCCCCCUUUGCCACUUCUCCAGUAACACCCGAGGUUUGGGCCGCAUUUAGGCAAGACUUUACACAGCUUUGCAAUACAAUGGAAUACGCGGCGGAGUUCAUUCGUUUCUCGCCUCUCCGACCGGAGGAAACAAAUGCCUUCAUAGAGGGGUGUUCCCGCGUCUCUCCUGCUUUGCUUUGCUGGCAUCACCAAAAUACUGUUGCAAUCCAGCUCGAUUCGUACUGGGAGCGAGCUGCAAAAAAUCAUCGAAGAAGUGUGAAGAAGGCCCAAAACCUAGGGUAUACAGUGGAACUCAGGCUAGCAACUCUCUCGGACGUUGCAGCUGAUUCGCCUUUCUAUCAGCUCUAUGAGCACACAAUGCAACGCGUGAGGGCUCGCGAUUCUUACUUUUUCCCAGCCGACUACUAUUCGACGCUCAUUAAAUCUCUGCCGAGUGAUUGCCUUUACAUUGUCUUGGUUCGCCCUCCUUUUGAAGCAGAAACUCAUGAGAUUAAUCGUGUGCCAUCAGUUGUCGCUGCAUCUCUCUACUUUCACCAUGGACCUCACUUUCACUACCACCUUGGAGGCUCAAACACUUUAUACCUCAACCAUGGCGUGAACAAUUUGAUGCAUGACGCGGCGGCUCGAUACAGUCGCGGCACUCUCGGGUGCACACUUCUGCACCUUGGCGGUGGGCUCAAAGAAAACGACUCUUUGUACAAAUUCAAGCGUUCAAUUGGAGACAUACAACUGAAGUGGUACCUUGGGAAAGCGGUACUCUCGAAGACGACGUUCGAGCGGCUGGUUGUUGCGAGAGCGACAUAUCUGGGGAUGACCCCAGAUACUUUGUAUUCCUCCACGGAUUUUCAUCCAGUUUACAGAAAGGGCGUAGUGGCCAACGAGCUCGAGACCUCCUCAAAGAGACGUCCGACCGUCUAUGCCUUGAUCGGUAACGACCAGCGCUGGCCCGCCUUGAAAUCGCUGAUGAAGCUCGAAAUGAAAGGUCACAUUGACCUCAACGUUUUUAUUCCCUAUGGAUCAAAGUACAAAAAAUUUGAAAAACAACUUGCCUUGGAAAGGCUGACAUACAAGUCUGUUAAAAAGAUGGAGUUUGAAGGACUCCUUGUAUCAUCCUUUCCGUCGAUUGUAGUCACCUGUGGAUGGCCAUUUAUCCUUACCACUUCACUACUACAACAAGCAAAGAGUUCGAUUUUCAUUAAUUGUCAUCCUUCGCUUCUUCCGAAACAUCGCGGCAGUGCCCCUUUCUGGGCUGCAAUAAUGGCGAGGGAUGAAUAUGCAGGAAGCACGGUGCACAAGACGGAUAAGGGAGUUGAUACAGGACCGAUUCUUCGACAAGAGUUGUUUUCAAUCGAUCCAUUUGAUACAUAUGCUUCAGUGAAAGCGAAGAGCUUCCAGGCAGAGGCAAAGAAUCUCCAUGAGAGCAUCCUGACCUUACUUGAGGCAAUGCCAAAGGAGACUUCCAAUAAUGCAAACAGGGAUCUUCCAGAUCUUUGGGAUGAAGUAGGUAGGCUAUUUCAACCGCAGAAGGUGAAGGAACAGUGUGGCAUAACGCCUCGGCGAAGACCAGCCGACUCGGAGGUUGAUCCAAGCAAGUCGCUGAUUAGUCUUUAUGAUCACAUACGCACUUGCGAUCAAAGCUUUCCUGCCUUCUUUUUCAUUCAUGGGCAAAAGCUUUCAAACCAGUACUCCAGGGGAGGGGAAAUCUUGUUUGGGUGUAUCGUUCUGUAG